AUGGGCAAAGGUGACGACUCGGAGGAGCCAUUCGACGCCGAUGAAGCUGAGGAAGAAGAAGAGGAUGGAGAAGACCUCGCCGCUGCCAGCGACGAGUCGGACCUUGAGGAUCUGGCGCCCAAGCCGACGAAAGCGCGUGUGUCUGCAACGAAACCCGUCGCCAAAAAGACGCCACCGCCUAAGCCCAAGGCUACAAGCUCCAGCUCAGCCGUGAAAAAGACGGCAACAUCCAAAGCUACAGCUUCCAAUACGACCAAGUCUAAAUCUCCCGCUGCUGCAGCCAAGAAGUCGCCAAAGCCGAAACCCAUGAGUGCAGGCGACGCUGAAGCUGCUGUGCUCGACUAUAUGCGCAAGACGAAUCGGCCGUAUAGUCUGCUCAAUGUGUUCGAGAACAUGCACCGAGUUAUUGCCAAGCCGUCACUUACGAAGCCUCUGGACAACCUUGUUGUUAAGGAGGAGCUGGCGAGCAAGACGUACGGCAAGGCCAAGAUCUACUACCUGAACCAGAACAAUCUGCCUGUACCGUCGGAAGAAGAGCGUCUGGCUAUUGAAGAGCAGAUUAAAACCGUCACUGCCGAGUGUACUGCGUCAGAACAGGAGCUGAAGAGCGCAGAGACGACACUUUCAGGCAUUUCUUCGCAGAUCUCGGACGCAGAUUUCGACGCAGCGUUGAACCAACUUGAAGACGAAGCUGCAGCUCUGGAAACGAAGGUGGAGACGCUGGAUCAACCAGGUCGAGCACCUGUGUCGCCUGGCAGGAAAAACGCACUUAAGCGAAAAUUCACCAAGUAUCGGACGGCGUGGGUGCAGCGGAAGCGCAUUGCUAUGGAUGGAGUUAACCAAAUCGCCGAUGGAAUGGAGAAGAAACCUAAGGCUGUGUUGGAUCUCGUCGGCGUGGAGACAGAUGAGGAGGCAGGCAUUAAGACACUGCCAACUAUUUAA